AUGUCUAAGCCAAGCAAGGCCGGUAUCGAAACCACCGCAGAUGGUGCUUCGUACAUUCCCUCUUCCAAGCGCGCGGAUGGAUCUACCAGGAAAGAAAUCCGUGUGAGGCCAGGCUAUAGACCACCCGAGGACGUCGAGACCUACAAGAACCGCAGCGCCGAAGCAUGGAAGAACAGAGGGCAAGGAGGCGUACCCGGGGCGGAGCCAGUCAGUGCGGCCAAAGACGACGCCACUACUACUCCCAGUACCGUCAACAAGAAUGCCAAACGCAGAGAGGCCGCUCGGAAAAAGGCAGCAGCUCAAGGCUCGACAGACGAUGAAGUCACAAUGGCAAUGAAGAAUGCCAAUAUAUCGGAUGCAGAGAAAGCCAAGCGGGACUGGCGAGGUCCUAGCAAACUGGCGGCCAAUGAAUCCGCAGGCGUAGGCCAGGAAGAAGCCGACCAGCAGAAAAAGAUCCGGAAUCAACUUAAGAAGCUGAAGGCUGUUCGAGAACUGAGAGAAAAACGGGCUGCAGGAGAGAAGCUGUCGCAUGAUCAGAUCAUGAAGAUUGGCAAAGAAGGCGAACUUCUGCGCGACUUGAAAAAGAUGGGUUACGAUGGGCCGGAAGUGCAGGCAGCAGCGAGCGAAACAGGCAUGUCGAACGGUACAACGGACACGACUAUUCCAUGA